AUCUUGUGGCAGGCGGCGGGCAGCGGAGGGCGCCGCUAUGUCCCACCGGCCCGGCACCGAGCAGGGCGUCUGCCUCGGCACCAUGAGCCCCUGCUACCUGCAGAGCAACAGCGCCAGCCACACGCGGCCCUUCAGCGCCGUGGCCGAGCUGCUGGACAACGCUUCAGAGCCCGGUGUCACAGCGAAGCUUCUCUGCAUUGACGUUGUGGAGCUCAAGGGCCACCUGUGUUUAACUUUUACGGAUAAUGGGGCAGGAAUGACCCCUCACAAACUGCAUCGCAUGCUCAGCUUUGGUUUCAUGGACAACGGUGUGAAGAGAAACCACCCAUGCAUUGGAGUGUAUGGAAAUGGCUUCAAGUCUGGCUCCAUGCGCCUGGGGAAGGAUGCCAUCGUCUUCACCAAGAACGGCGGGGCCCUCAGCGUGGGACUGCUUUCCCAGACCUACCUGGAACGUGUCCAUGCAGAGGCAGUGAUUGUCCCCCUGGUGCCAUUCAACCAGCAAAACAAGAAAAUAAUUGUUACUGAAGACUCUGUGCCCAGCCUGGAGGCCAUCCUGCAGCAUACCCUCUUCAACACCAGGGAGGAGCUGCUGGCACAGUUUGAUGCUAUCCCAGGCAAGAAGGGCACGCGCAUCCUCAUCUGGAACAUCCGCAGAAAUAAAGAUGGGAAGCCAGAGCUGGACUUUGAUACAGAUGAGUAUGAUAUUCGAUUAGCAGACUUCCUUGCAGAGGGCGUGGAGGUUCCUAGCAGAAGGGUUCUGCCCUGUCAGGAGAUGGUCCAAGAGUUUCCAGUCCCAGAGACACAGUACUCGUUACGGGCGUAUUGCAGUAUCUUGUACCUGAAGCCUCGCAUGCAGAUCAUCCUGCGACAGAAGAAGGUGAACACUCAGUUGAUCUCCAAGAGCUUGGCCCACACCGAAUAUGAUGUAUACAAGCCCACAUUUGCUAACAGAAGAGUGAAGAUCACCUUUGGAUUCACCUGCAAGAACAAAAGCCACUAUGGGAUCAUGAUGUACCACAACAACCGUCUCAUCAAGUCCUAUGAGAAAGUCGGCUGCCAAAGGAAGGGAGAAGGCAUGGGUGUCAUUGGGGUAAUUGAAUGCAACUUCUUGAAACCAGCACAGAACAAACAGGACUUUGAAGAGAGCAAGGAAUACCGACGGACAGUCACUGUGCUAGGGCAGAAACUCAAUGCCUACUGGAAGGCGAAGGUCGCCCAGAUGAAUUUGGGAAGUGUGGAUGCAGCCUGUAUAAUAGCAGAAAGACCAGAUCAGACAUGGGUGCAGUGUGAGGAGUGUCUGAAGUGGAGGAAACUCCCUGACCAGGUUGAUCCCACAUCGUUACCAGAAAACUGGUCUUGCUGUCUUCAUCCUCUUCCCAAAUACAGAAACUGCUCAGCACCUGAGGAGCAGGAAGCCAGCGAUGAGGAGAAGAGCCCCAGCUACAACCAGAAAUGCAGGAAGGGGGAGCUGAGUGCAGAGAGGAAGAGGAGGAGGUCAUCAUCAUCAUCAUCAGGGGAGAGCAUGGAACAGCAGGUGUCGUCCCCUGCAUCAGUGCCCUGGCCUGCUCGUACCAGCAGUUUCACCUGCGCUGUGAAGCUGGAGCCUGAGGAAAAGGUUGCUGAUGGGACUGCUGCCUCUGCCCCUCCUCUCAAAAAGAUCACUGCAAGCCAGGCUGGAACAGAACCUUGGGAACCAAACACCUCCGUGACAGCAGGCAAGCCCAACUUGACCAUAAAAGAAGAGCUACUGGAAAAGCCUGAGGAACAGAUGGAAGUUUCACUUCCAGAUCUGACUUGUCCCAGCCUUCCUCCUUUCCCUCUUCAGAAGAAUUUUGCAGUACCUUACCAAGACAGAGAAGACCUUGGGUGCAUAAAACGGGAGACAAAUGUAGGUGGCAGCUUGCACACCUAUCUGUUCAAAGGGCUGCCAGGCACCCUCAGCAGCACCAGUCAUGCUAACAGUGCAUUGCACUGGGAUGGAUGCUGCCGCAGAGCAGAGACUCCAGCAUCACCCAGUAGCUCAGCAGGAAAUCAGAAAGAUACUGCCAUGAUCCGAGAAGAGCUGGAAGAUCAAAUGCCAAACUUAAUAGCAGAAAGACAGGCUGCAGACUUGGGCAUUUGUGUGAACACAAAGGACAUGGACAGGAGACCCUUUGUGGCAGUUGUGGGUGUUUCGAAGGCUGCUGCAGGUGGUGAAGCUCCCAUUCAACUCUUUCCUUUUGGGUGGAAGGAGAGACUUGAUAGACCAAAGGCAGAGAAGGCCCCAUGCCUUAUGACUGGAGACAAAGGAGGAAGAGAAUUGCAGGUUUUGAACACAGGGGAGAAGGAGGAUAUAACUGAGCAGGAGGACAUGAGAAGAGCAAUGGAGAAUAUCUCUGUGGAACUGAAGAAUAUUUCAGCAGAGCGAGAUUUCCUCCGGUGCAAGGUGGAGGAAAUAGAGCAUGAGAAGUGCUACCUGAAAACAGAAUUCUUGAAAAGCCAGCAGGAACUGGCAGUACUCAGAGCUCAGGAGACUGAAGGCUUAUACUGGAGCAAGAAACAUAUGGGUUACCGCCAAGCUGAGGUGCAGGAGCUGAAAGCGAAGCUGGAGAGAUCCACAGAAGAGAAGGCUGAGCUGAUGCAGAGACUCAAGGAGACAGAGAUGCACUUAGAGGUGCUCAGGGAGGCACAAGUUUCCUGCAGGGGCCCAGAGAGAGCAGAUAUAAAGAGCGUUAUGGAGAAACUUAAGAACCUGCGUAUGAAUGUGAGCUGGCUUCUCUCGUUGGUCCUCCCCCACUUGGAGCUUCAGGAGAUUAACUUUGAGUCAGAUCAGGUGGAUGAGAUCUUGCAGACUGUACUGGAGACAAACCGCAUGUUGGAGUAGUCUGUUCUCUCCUGCCGCUGUGCCUUUUGUACAGUAUCGUUAAUAAACCUUGGUUUCUUUA